AUGGCACAAUUUCUUCAGUCUGCUGCGUGUAACAUUCGUGUACCUCACGCUUCUGACCGCGUCUAUCGUGAUGAAUGUGUCUUUUCGUUUGAUUCUCCUCUAUCUCCUUCUGGUCUGUACACGAACUUGCACUCCUUUCUAUCGUUCGGAGCUCCGUGUCUCUUUUUCGAUCGCAAUGGAACGGCUAAUCACGUUGUUUAUCUGCAUCAGCAACACCAGCGCAAGUCCAAGACAGUCCGUUCACUGCAACCGAAAGAAAACCCCACAGAGCUUGCAAUUGGUGGUUCUGGUGGCUUUGUAGCUAACGUAGAAGAGAAAUUCGAGCUUGAAAAGACGUUUUCCAUUGUCGUAUUGGAUCCAGAGCAACAGGAACUUGUACGGGUGUCUCUAGAUGCUCCAGAACUACCAGUAAAGAUUAAAAAAGUAGCUGAAGCUGUGCUAAACCAUGUAGGGAGUACAGUUACAGAGGAGGUAGCGUCCUGGCAGGAAGAACUUAAGCUCACCAAGUACGCGGAACAGCUAGAACAGGUGCCGUCGCCGCCGUAUAUUGCGUCAAACCCUUCAACGUGGAAAUGCCAAGCCCCUGAUUGUGACAAACAAGAAAACCUAUGGCUUAAUCUUUCAGAUGGUUAUAUUGGAUGUGGUCGUCAGAACUGGGAUGGAUCAGGAGGAUGUGGAGCUGCCUUGACGCACUUUACUGAGACGGGGGAGAAGUACCCAUUGGCCGUCAAGCUAGGCACAAUCACGGCAGAAGGAGGAGAUGUAUACAGCUAUUCACAAGACGAAAAUGAUAUGGUCAAGAACCCGCACUUGGCCAAACAUUUACAACAUUUUGGCAUCAAUGUUAACAAUCUGUGCAAAACGGACAAGUCGAUGAAUGAACUGCAAGUGGGACUAAAUCUGUCGUAUGAGUUUGAUGCUGUGACGGAGGCUGGCAAGAAACUUGUACCUGUGUCCGGAGCAGGGUACAUGGGAUUUAAGAAUUUGGGGAAUAGUUGCUACAUGAACUCGGUGCUGCAGCUACUAUUGGCGUUACCCGAGGUUCAGGAACGGUAUUUCAAGGACACAAACAAAAUUUUUUCCACCGUAAACCAGAUGUCGACGCUACCAGUGGAUGAUUUUGCCGCACAGUUUGCCAAGCUCGCGAAUGCAGCUCUUACGGAUCGCUACAAGAAGCAGUUUUUAGUGUCGAAUAACGACAACAAGGAAGCUGAGGAGGAUGACAUGCACAAUAUUGAUCUACGACCUAUUACGUUCCGUGGCCUUGUGGGUAAAGGCCACCCAGAUUUUUCUACUGGGCAACAGCAAGAUGCUGUGGAGUAUUUGCAGCAUCUGAUGGACUUCAUGACUCGAGCUGAGCGUGUUAGUGCGGACCGAUUAAGGCCGCUCCUUUCUGGAGACAAUUCUACUAGUGUAGAGCUACCGACAGCAAGCUUAUUCAAGUUUAAGCUAGAAGACCGCGUGCAGUGUAUGACUUCACAGAAAGUGAAAUACGUGCUGCGUGACGACAUGCUUCUGCAAUUGCAGAUUCCCCUUGAGGCAGCCACGAACGCCACGCAGGUGACUGCUUAUCAAGUGCUCGAACAAAAGCGCCAACGCCUGGGCGACAAUGAAAAGUCUGGGAAAAGUGAAAAUAAGGAUAGUGAAGAACGUGUGGUGCCUAACGUUCCAUUCGAAGCGUGCGUUGAAAAGACGUUGGCUCCCGAGAUUAUUGAAGAUUUCUUGUCUACAGCCACAGGCAAGAAGGGACAAGCGCAGAAGACAGUCCGCUUUCGCUCAUUUCCGCGUUAUUUGCUUGUGCAAAUGAGACGUUUUUACGUGGCUGAAGAUUGGACGCCAAAGAAACUUGAAGUUGAGGUAAAGGUGCCCGAAAAGUUUUCACUUAGCCGGUUUGUGUCCAAGGGUCUCGUGGAUGGUGAGGAAGAGCUGCCAGAAAAAUCCGUAGCUACCGUAACGAAAGAGAGUGCUGCUGGCGCCCAGGUAGAUGCUGCAGACGAAGUCCUUGUGGCUCAGCUGGUUUCCAUGGGUUUUUCCGAAAAUGACUGCAAGCGUGCAGCGAUUGCGACUGGCAACGCCAAUGCGGAAGCUGCUAUGGAGUGGAUCUUCAGUCAUAUGGCAGAUCCCGAUUUUAAUGACCCGCCUACGCCAGCGAGUUCUACGCCCAUAGUGAAGGACGAGUCCGUCAAUUUGGAACUCGUGUCCAAUCUGAUGGCAAUGGGCUUUGCAGAGCCUCAUGCCAAGUGUGCGCUCAAGCAAACAGACAACAACCCCGACCGUGCCGCUGAGUGGUUGUUUAGUCGCAUGGACGAUUUGAAUGGUGCUGUCGCUCAAUGCGAUAACGAGUCUACGCUACCAGUAGUAGCCUCAAGUGGUGCUGUACCAUUCGUGAAACGUUUGGAUAGCGAGACUGUUGGCGACUACUCACUGGUAGGAUUUAUCAGCCACGUUGGCAAGAACACUAACUCUGGGCAUUACGUUUGCCACAUGAAGAAGGACGGCCGGUGGGUUAUCUUCAACGAUGACAAGGUGGCUGUAUCAGAGGAACCACCGCUGGGUGCUGGGUACCUUUACUUGUUUCGUCGCACUGACCACUAA